UUUUCCUUUCUGAAAAAAAUCGAGAAAUCCAUUGAGAGCCAUUUUCAAUUUAUCACAAGCAGCAGAUGUAGUUAAAACUUGGACAGAAUCGAAUUAUAUUUUAUUUUUGGAGUUUUUGGAAAUGUAAAAAAAGUGUAAACAAACAUUUUCAGAACGUCAUUAUUUGACAUGUAAAUUUCAAACUGUCAGGGUGAUGUCUGUUCUCUGCUCAGGAUCCACAAAACAGACCACAAAACUGCUAGUUUCAGAAUACAAUUUAACAUUUGAACUUAUGAGAAUAUGGGUUAUGUUGUUGAGGUUAGAUUCUCGAAAUCGAAAAUAAAAACAAGAGAUUUUGCUCAAAAUCAACUAUGGCAGAGGCUGUCCUACCUGAAGAUAAUGACGCAAAAAAGCCAGUUUGCCUCAUAGUUUUGGGUAUGGCUGGCAGUGGUAAAACUUCUUUAGUCACAAGGCUCACCAACUCCCAGAACAAACCCUAUGCAGUGAAUUUGGACCCAGCUUGUAUAAAUCUACCAUAUUUUGCAAAUAUAGAUAUCAGAGAUACUGUGAACUAUAAAGAAGUAAUGAAACAAUACAACUUGGGCCCCAAUGGUGCCAUUGUUACCUCUCUGAACUUGUUUUCAACCAAAUUUCCGGAGGUGAUAGGGUUCAUUGAAAAUUCAAAAAAUGAUCUUUGCAUUCUUGAUACUCCUGGGCAGAUUGAAGUAUUCACCUGGUCAGUGUCUGGAUCCAUUAUAACUGAAACCUUAGCAUCAUCAUUCCCAACAGUGAUAUUAUAUGUUGUAGAUUGUGUGAGAAGUACUGCACCUGUAACAUUUAUGUCCAAUAUGCUUUAUGCUUGUUCAAUUUUGUAUAAAACUAGACUACCAUUUAUUGUUGUAAUGAAUAAGGUAGAUAUUGUUGAUCAUUCCUAUGCCAAAGAUUGGAUUACAGAUUUUGAGACAUUUCAAGAAGCUUUAGAAGCAGAUGAAAGUUACAUUAGUAAUUUGACAAGAUCAAUGGCUUUGGCUUUGGAUGAGUUCUACCAGAAUUUAAAGGUUGCUGGGGUCAGUGCUGCAACUGGGCAAGGAAUUGAUGAGUUAUACAAGUUGAUAGAAGAAGCUGCAGAAGAAUAUGAAAAGGAUUAUCGUGUUGAAUGGGAGAAAAUAAGGGUUGAAGCAGAUGCAAAGAAAAAUGAACAGAAAAAAGUGAAAGAUGAUACAAAUGCAAAAUCUUCACUCUUAACAGAAGUUCCAGCAGGAAGAGAGUUGUCUGAUGUUUACUUGAGACACCCUGCUAAUGAGAGCAGCUCAGAUUCUGAAGGAGAAGAAGCCCCAUUUUCAACUAUGGAUGAUGAACUAGAAGCUGAAAAUUUCAAAAAAGUACUUCAACAACAAAGAGAUAUGCAAAUCAAAAGAGCAAAAGAAGCUGAGAAAAAAAUAAAAGAGAAUCCAAGUUGAUCUGACUACUUUUGUGAUGAUUAUCUUAUUUAUAAUUAAGUAAAUUUUUUAACAUUUGUAUGA